AAAAAUUGUUCGAAUAUUAGGAAGGCGCUAAAAAGAUAUACUAUUUCCGCAUCCUUGAAUGAAUAGAAAACGAGUUAGAAAUAUGAGUGUAUAUAUAAAUAGAUGGCGACGACUCCUUUAUUUUACAACACUUGUUCUUGUCACGCACGCACUCACUCGGCCUCUAACUUCGGAAUCCUCUGCAAUCUGAAUCUUCUCUCUCUAAAACUCUCUCUCCACCAGUAAAACCGCCGGUUUCUCUCUUUACCCUCUACAUCUCCUCCCCCAAUCGCCGUCUUUCUCGAGAUGGCGUCGAUCAGGAUCCACACUUCGGGCAAAUUGUUGAGCCGCCGCCCCUCUUUCCUUCCCACAAACAAACCCAAUCAAAUUUUCACCAUGAACACACUCCUGCCCACCAAAAAAUCACCACAACAAUUUCCGUCGGCGUCGAUCGCACCAUCUCAUCACGCAAUUCACCCUGCUCAUUGUGAAAUUGAAGAAUCGAUUGAACCGGCUUCCGAUUCGAGCAUCAAAAGCGACGAUCCUCUGGGAAGGAUCGAUUCGUGGUUGCAGGAUUCGGUGCCCGACAUUGUGAAGAACCUAAAAAAGGCGCCGCUGCUGGUGCAAAUAUAUUCUGGAUUCGAUGGGGGGAUCAGGAUUCAGACAGAGAAGGCCAAAUGGCCGAUGGCGAGAGAUGAAUGGCGGAGCGGGGAAUCGAAGUCGCCGGAUGGGUUGAUUUUUGUGGAGGAGUUAGAGAGAGAAAGGGGUGGGAAUGGAGAAUUGGAGGAGGGAGUGACGAGGGCUUGGGGAAUAGUCGUGCAGGGUAAGGGGGCGGAGUGUGGACCCGCUUGCUAUUUGCUCAAGACUGAUCGGGUGUGUGCUGGUCUAGGGUUAGGGUUCUGCACCCACUUCUGCUUGAUGAAGGUCAAUAACUUUAGGGAUUCUGCGCUGGAGCAGUUCAAGGAUUCUUGGCUGUUGCAGUGAAUUGAUUUGAACAAAGUGAAAAGGAAAUUAUUUCCUAGAUUUUUUAUAGACUUAGUUGUAUAGAUCCUUGAUUCAAAAUUUGGUUCUGAAUUCGUCGUACAUUUUCUGAAGAACAAAAAAAAAAUUAAAUUGUUUUGCAUAUAUGAUGUUGGCUAAAUCGAUUUGCUGAUAGUGAUUUGUGUGUUUUUUCCCAUCUGAGUGAAGGGAAUUGGGAUCUGAACCUUGAUCUCUCUUGUAACAAAUUAGAAUACAAAUUGUGAUUAGUGGUGUACU